AUGGACGACUUAGGUGUUUGUACACACAACCUUUGUCGAGAAAACCCGGGUCUUUGUCAGAUCUUUUACCCUGCGGACGACGACCGCCAGCUUGCCCGCAAUCCCUCUACUCUCCCUCGUGCUAAAUGCAUGUUCUGUGGACAUGUAGCAGCCAUCCAUAAAAGACCGCAGAGACCUGCUGCAGCUGGACCUGCACCUGGGGCACAAAACUCCGCCCAGCCUGCCAAUGCAGCGCCUUCGAGUCCGCAUCUCCCUGACUCGGCGCAUCAACGCUCUCAUUUCACCGCCAGCGAACCAUCCCCCACUCAGUCUACAUUAUUCAACUCACGUCCUUCCACCGGCAAGAAAUACUCACAGCCGCCCCCUUCCACUCACCCUACUUCAUCAUCUCCUUCCAAUUCUUCGUAUAACUUCGGAUUCGAUGCCAACGCGUUCAAGUCCCACGCGAAUGUUCGUACUGAUCGAGCCGCCCAGUCAGACGGACACACAGCGCCCCAGGAUCCUAGUCCGCCUUCUCCUACUCCACAGCCACAAUCCUACGCCGAUCGAGCUGCCGACCGUGCUGAUCAUAUGGGCAACAACAGAGCCGCCCACAAAGCCGGACAGCCAAUCCGAGCGAGUAAACUCGGCCAAAAGUACUAUCCUAGUCAAGAUGUAACAACUGAAGCCGAGACCAAUGGACCACCGGAGACAAAGAAGGCACGAGACAAGCGCAAGAGGGCUGACAAGAAACGCUCAGAUAGCUCGAAGGCCUCAUCGUCUAAGUCUCCCAACGAACAGGCCGAGGUUAAGGAGUUCAAAUUCAAGUUCGCCCUCCUUCCGGAGAUCAUGUCUGUGCACGCUGGGACUCGUCGUGUUCCAAGUCCUGCUGACCUAACUAGUCUCGACAUACAGUGCCUCAUAAAAUCUACGUCGAUCUUCUCCAAUACCCCUCCGUCCGUCAUCGCUACUACAGUGUCGAACCUCUUCCAGCAUGUCCCAGAGAUGCUCGCCUCGAAAGUUCAUCGUGAUUCCGCUCACGCCACUCGACCCUCCGACCCUACCAAUCCCUUUGCCUCUUGGGUGCUUCUCGUCCCAAAACCUGGAAACAAGGGUGCCGCUACAUUUCUCACAUCGUACCCAGCUAACCGAAAAAUCGAUCUUGAUCAACUCCUACAAGUUGUCUCUGCUACAAAUAUUCGCAAUGCCGCACGUGCCUGGCCGAAUCUCGUUCUCAUUGCACUUCUCCCAGGUCAACCAGAUAUCGGAACUUCGGGGAAAGGAGCAGCCAGAGACGAGGUUUCUGAUGGAGAUGAUGAGGUGGAAGAGGUAGAUCAAGACGGCGAAGAGCACAGCGCUGAGGGAGCAAGUGAGGAUGAAGAGGAUGUUGAUGAGAAUGACGAAAUUGGUGAUGCCCAACCUAAGAAGCGCUCUCGACCAAGCCAUGUUCCCAGCCACACCAAUGACUUCCAAGCCCAGACAAAUCCACCCAAAUUGACAUCCGCUCCUCACAGUAGCACCACCAAGCCUGACGAUGAUGCACCGGACGCAAUAAGCCCUCAGCAUGAGCAUCUUGUCUACCUUAUCGACAACAUUGUGGAACCAGCGCGUCGCUCUUCUAUGUGGCCUUUGACUGCUCACGAGCUCUAUCAACGUACUUUGAGCAUGAAAAGCGGUAUGGACAUGGCAUAUGGCACAUAUUACGGCCAUCCGGGAUCCUCACAUAAAGAUUUCGACCGAGACGUGUUCUGGAACACGUUUGUUGACCCUUUUCUAGACUCGCUUGGAUUCCUUCGAGCACUGGCGACAAACGUCCUGGCGAUAGCAGGCGAUCAGACCCCAUCUGCCGACAAAUGCGACCACGAAGUUGCGUCCGUCACCAAGUUCGGUCCUCAUGGUCUGCAUACCAUCACCGAAGGUCUCUCGUUUGCGUACGAGUUUCUCCCUGACACCUCCAUCUCUACGUGGUACAACUAUCGCCUCCGUCUUCGCGACCUCUCUACCGACGUCACUACUCUCAUCCACAACUUCUAUCACGCUCAUGAGGUAUCACGGCCAGAGCGGUACGCCCCAAUCGUGUAUCGUAACCUUCUCAGAACUAUUGAACAGUGCGACAAGAGGGGCCAGUUGAAUCCCGCCACAGUACAGGACUGGAAGAAACUCCGUGUUGCGGCAGUGAAUGAGAUAUCUUCUGUUGAAGAUAUUCGAGAGGCACUAGCUCAUGACUUCGGCAUUCCGGAUUCCACUGGUCACAUGGUCGUGGUUGUUGAGAGACUGUUAGGCGGAGAAUGGGGUAUUUCUCGAGUUGUUGUGCGGACCAUAUUCGAUGCUCUGUAUAAUCUACCUUGGUGGUACCGCUGGGACCGUGGCGAGCUACGGACAGUACUUGAAGCGUUCUGUGGGGAUGUGUUGAAAGCGCUUCAAGCGCUUCCAAAGACCUCAAAGAAGCCCGAUGGUGUGCCCGAGGCGAAGAAUGAAAAAGGUACUCGUACAUCUCAGGCAUGUCUUCUACUUGUCACUUCAUCUUCAACAUUGGGCUCGAAAGGUCGUUAUAAUACUCGAACCCAUUCCCAGAGAGCAGACAAUACAGCACCAAAAUCGAGGAAGGCGAAGGACACAGCUUAUCCGGCGAAAGGGAAUGGCUCAGGAAGGGAUGAUAGUGGUAAUGCAAAGUUUACGGGAGAUGGGACGGCGAGCGAUCCUCUCUUUUUGCAGUCCGAUGACGAUGAACCCUCUCUCUCUCCUCCUCCACGGCCGCAUGAUGCACCCAAGACAAAUACUUUCUAUGCUGAGUUCGAAGAGACAGAGGCAGAUAGGGACCUCGACAAGUGCCUUCGUGAUAUGUUUGAUGCGAUGCAUAAUCCCCAUCGUUAUCGAGAUGCCUCUCCUCCAUAUUCUGACUCUGACUCGUUCUCCUCCACGCCUAUAUUGAACGAAGACGAUACACUUCCCGAUGCUCCUAAACAGCCUGCUGCGUCCACAUCUACGGCCCCCUCUGCACCGCCCACGUCCGCGCCACCGCCACAUCCACUCACUCCUCGACCACAGCUCCUGUAUCAACGUUCUAUGCUAACGCUUCUGACGAGACUAUUGACCGGUAUAGGGUAA